AUGGGGGAGGAGCUCUGGGUGUUGCUCUUGGAGAAGGCGAUGGCGAAGUUCUGCGGGACCUAUGCCAUGCUUUCAGGUGGCUCUGCUGCCUGGGCCUUUCAAGUGAUGACCGGGCGAGAGGACGUGGUUUCCUUCAACAAAAAGCCGAAAGGUUGGCUGAAGCGCUUCAUCAGCCGUGCUCGUCAAGUGAAGGCGAACGCCCGGAAUCCCCGGAACCACCCCUGGUCCUACCACAACAAAGAGCCGUUCCUUGCAGCGGAGCUCUUCGCGUGGCUGAAGGUAGCUGCCCAGAGCGUCCUGUCCUGCAGCAUCCGCACGCCGAACGCGAAAACGGAGAGAGGCGACCAAGAAGGGCCUCUACAAGAAGCACGCCUACGCCUUGCUGCAGGUGUUGGAGGAAAAGAUGGACGACGGUACGCCUCUGAGGCUGGUUCAGUUGAGGAACCCGUGGGGCAAAUCCGAGUGGACGGGAGACUGGGCUGA